AUGGCCGGCGCGGCGCCCGCUCUCCCGACCUUCCUCCGGCCGCGGCCGCCCCCGCCUCUCCACCACCGGUGCCCUCCUCCGUCCCGCCUGCACCCUGUCAAGCCCGCCGUGCUCCUCUCCCCUAUCUCAGCCGUGGAGAAGACGAAGGGCGCCGCUGCUUCGGAGGCCGUCGAGGUCGAGCUGGAGGGGAUGCCGUCGGAGUUCUACGACGAGGAGUGGCAAGCCAAUCAGCGAGAGAGGACUAAGGAAUGGCAUGCAUAUCGUCAGAAAGAGGAAGACGAGGAGGAAACUAAAUCAAAUGAAUACCGAGAGAUUGGGAUGCGUAUGAAAGCAUACCCACAGGAAGAAGUCUGCAAAGCUAGGGUUUUAGUUUCAAGUUUCAUCAGAGCCGGUGAAGAUGUUGAAAAGGUAAUUGAGAAGGCUGCUGAAAGAGGAGAGCUUACCGAACUUGUUCUCAUGGUCAUUUGGAAUCGACUUGAUGUUGCUCGGCGUGAUGAUGAGAAGGAUGCCAUCAGAAGCCUUGAUCUCUUGUAUAGAAGGGUAGAGACAGAGAUUUUAAGAAGCGAAGCAACUCCUGCCAUGAGAUUACUCGAUGAACUUUUGAAUAUUCAUGAUGGGUCAGAUGAUGACAAAUGGCUAAAGACAUGCAGAAAGCACAUGAUUGAAGCUUUUCCAAGAGAAGACCCAUUCACCAUGGUCUUUCCUGCUGGAUUCAACAUGGAGAAACAUGACGGGCAGAUCAAGCUGCCUCCUCAAGGCGAUGAUGUUCUUCUGAGAGUUGAUUUUGUCAGGGAAGUCGAUGAGCUGCUAAAAGAAGUUCAAGCUGAACAAGAAAAUAAUAAGCUUCAAACUGGAUAUGACCCAGGAUCUGUCGCGACAAUGUUGAAACAGCAAGAGAAGAUGCGGACUAUACGCCAAGUGGAAGCCCUCUUGGAGUUGGCUGCCACUCUGAAGUGGUGAGGGCUGAGGAGUAUCAUUUUCAUGUGUGCCUAGACUCUAGAAGCCAUUGACCCGGGUCCAUGGAUGAUUCCACUGGAGCACUGCAUUUAAGCUGAUUCUUUGGUUUCUGCUAGUUAUAGCUUAGAACUUGUUUAUUUAGAGUAGAGAAAAUGCCAUUAUUCCCCCGCCAGAAAUGUACAUUUAUGUGUGUGUGGAGUGGAGAUAAAUAGCGAUGCAGGAUCUGCAUACCGAGUGGGUUUCGUGCAAUUGGAUGCUCCUAGUUCAAUUAUAUUUGCACUGUUG